UCUUAUCCUUUACUCAUUCCUCUCUGGCUCUCUCCUCAUAUUCCCUCCCAACCAUAAAACCAAAAACGAAAACAUAAAAACAAAAACAAAACUUCUUCACCAUUGACCAUGUAGUAGCAUGGCAAUGCAGGAAACACUUUCCUCUCCAUUUUCUCACCCUAAACUCCAUUUUCCCUCCACCCACCAUCAUUUUCCCUCCCUUUCUCGCCCCAGAAACCUCCGUUUUCCCUCUUUUUCUUCUAAAACAAUCACUCCUCUUCCAUUUAUACCUCCCAAAUUCACACAAAUUCCAUCUAUGCCGCCACCGCCACCCCCACCCAUACAAACACAACAACCUCCACCCCAUGACUCGGACUCCCCUUCUGAAUUCCAAGAAAAAAUGCUCUAUCUUGACUCCAUAGGCCUCGAUUCUUUCCAACUAAUCAACGAUCAUCCUUCCAUCAUCAAAACUUCUCUCUUCGACAUCAAAUCGACCGUUGAUUUACUCAUAUCUAUCAACCUCACUACAUUCGAGUUCCGCCGAAUCAUCUCCAUCUGUCUCCUAAUUUUAACCACCAAUACCUCAGAUAUCCUCCCAAUCUUCACGUUUCUCCUCCGCGAAGCCAAAGUGAACGGCACUGAUUUGAAUAGAGUCAUCAACCGACGGCCCAGAUUGCUUCUCUGCAGCGUCAAAUCCCGCUUGCGUCCCACCCUAUAUUUCCUACAAAGCAUCGGAAUCGCCGAGGUAAACAAACACACCUACUUACUUUCCUGUAGCGUUGAAGAGAAACUCAUUCCUCGUUUAGAUUACUUUCAAAAAAUCGGCUUCUCACGGCGCGAAACGACGGCUAUGUUCCGUCGUUUCCCUCAGCUGUUUAAUUACAGUGUUCAGGAAAAUUACGAGCCGAAAUUGAAUUACUUUGUGGUGGAAAUGGGGAGGGAUUUGAAAGAAUUGAAAGAUUUUCCACAGUAUUUCUCUUUUAGUUUGGAGAAUAGGAUUAAGCCGAGACACCAAGCUUGUCUAGAGAAAGGGGCUUAUUUUCCGCUGAAUGUAUUAUUAAGAACAAGUGAGGAACAGUUUCGUCAUAGAUUGGAGGUGUGUUGUAAUACUUCUUUGCCGUUAAAAACUUCGCCUUUGUCGUUAUAAAAUGUGAUAUUGAUUCAAUAU